AGUUAUUAUUUCAAUUUUAAACUCAAUUUUCAGAACUAUUAAAUAGUUAACUACAAUUUUAUUAUAGUUGUUAAAAGUCGAACAGUUUAUACUUAGUUUCAAUCAAUGAUUGGAAAUUAAUGUACGUUUUUCACUUCAAGUCGAAUGAACGAAUUCUUGGUGUUUUUAUGUCCACUUCAUUGAUACUAAUAUGGUUUAUAUGAACAAAAUGUUGUAUGAUUGGAUGAUGCAGAAAAUACCGUGAGCAUAGUAAAAUAGUUAUGUAAAUAAUUUGUGUCAAAUAAACAUUAACCGUAAAUAUGGAAUUCAGUACACAUUUUAUGUUUGAUGUCUUAGUAAUUUUACUUUCACAGACUGUAUUCUUUAUGUGUGGUUGGGUAUAUUUUGUCAAGAAACUAUUUAAAGAUUAUGAAGUGCAUCAUAAAACAAUUCAACUAAUAUUCUCAGUCACUUUUUGUUUAUCCUGUACAAUGUUUGAAUUAAUCAUAUUCGAAAUUGUUGGUAUACUAGUCCCCAGCUCUCGCUAUAUAUUUUGGAAUAUAAUACUUUACAAGAUGCUAUUUAUGGUUGUUGUACUUAUACCAUUUUACUUAUGUUAUUUUACUUUGAGUAAUAUGUACCCAUUUUUUCAAAAAAAAGUUGGAAUUUUGGCGUCGGUUAUUUGGAUAUUAUACUUAUUCUUAUUUUGGAAAAUUGGUGAUCCAUUUCCUAUGUUACCUCAAGAGAAAAAAGGCCAUUUAUUUAUAGAAAACUGCAUCAGCAGAAUUGGUGUGAUUGGUGUAACAGUCAUGGCAUUAUUAUCUGGUUUUGGUGCUGUUAACUACCCUUAUACUUCAAUGGCAUAUUUUAUAAAAGCAGUCACUGGAGAUGAUGUCAUAAAUGUGGAAAAACAACUUCUUCAAACAAUAGAUGUUGUUACUGCUAAGAAAAAAAAAAUUUUAUUGGCAGAAACUAAUGCUGGUGUAAGCACUUUUGGAUUUAUGGAUAUGUUAAAAAGAGUCAAGUCCAAUGUAUCCAGUGAUUUAAGAGGAAUUAAAAGUGAUAUUAAAGCAUUAGAAGAGCUUAGUAGACAUUUAUUUUUGGACACACAUGAUCUGAAUAAUACUCUGGAACGUACUGCUUGGGCCAAAACAUGGAAAGGGAAAUAUUUCAAUUUUCUAGGUUAUUUUUUCUCAUUAUAUUGUGUAUGGAAAAUAAUUAUAUCCACAUUAAAUAUAAUGUUACAAAGAGUGGGAAAAAAAGAUCCAGUUACAAGAGGAAUGGAGAUUUUAGUGGAAUUGGUUGGCAUUGAUGUUGAUGUAUCAUUUUGGUCGCAACAUGUAUCAUUUUUAUUGGUUGGAUGUAUUGCAUUUACUUCAAUAAGAGGUCUCCUAUUAACUUUAACCAAGUUUUUCUAUGCAUUGUCUAGCAGUAAAUCAUCAAAUAUUAUUGUUUUAAUAUUUGCUCAACUUAUGGGUAUGUAUUUUGUAUCAUCCGUAUUAUUAAUGCGUAUGAACAUGCCAGCUGAAUACAGAGCUAUUAUUACAGAAGUACUUGGUGAUCUACAGUUUAGUUUUUAUCAUCGUUGGUUUGAUGUUAUAUUUUUAGUCAGUGCAGUAUCAUCUCUAACAUUUUUAACGUUUGCUCAUAAACAAAGUAAGGUAGACCUACCCCCUAUGAUUUAAUGUUUAAUUAUUAUUCAAUUUGAUGUAUUUUAUAUUUAUAUAUACCAAAUAUAUACCUAAUGAUU